ACAUGUAGACAAAAAUUACAUCCGAGCCUCAAAAUCUCUGUUAAUACCUUUUUUAAAGACUACCAUCCAGCAUGUGGCCGGUAUUUUAAAAGUGUUGCACGGCUUAAAAACAGACUCUUGGUGCCGCUGUGGUCUAACACAACGGCGGCUCAGGCAUCUCCACCCACCGUGGCUGCCAUAAAAGCCUUUUAGGCUCAGACAACGGACUUUGUGAAUACUGCUUUUUUUGUCUGUUCCGCUGUUCAGAAUUUCGGAUUAUUCGUGGAGGAAUAAAGGAAUAUUCUCCAGGUUUACUGUUUUUUAGAACAUAAACAUUUUUGAAGGGGACAUGGGGAACAAAGGAUUGUAUUCGCUUCAUCUGGUCUUCUGUUUUGUUUUCUUCCUCCUGCCGCUGGACCUCGUUAAUGGAGACCCGAGUUACACAAUUUCUGAGGAACAGAGGCGUGGAUAUGUGAUAGGAAAUGUAGCAAAGGAUCUCGGCAUUGACGUUACAACAAUAUCGUACCGAAAGCCCCGUGUUGAUUUUGAAGGUACACAAAAGCAGUACUGUGACGUUAGUCUGAACACCGGUGAACUGAUCACAUCAGAACGAAUUGACAGAGAAAGCCUUUGUGACAAGAAACCGUCGUGUUUGUUAAAAUUGGACCUGGUCUUAGAAAACCCUUUGGAGCUUCAUCGUGUGACUCUUCAUAUUCAAGAUAUAAAUGACAAUUCGCCAACAUUCAGAAAAAAUUUGAUUGAAAUGGAAAUAAGUGAGUCCGCAGAAAAAGGUUCUCGCUUCUCCAUCGAGGAGGCCCAUGACGCUGAUUUAGGUCAAAAUGCUGUUCAGAGAUACAUCCUACAAAAGAACGACAAUUUUAUUCUUGCAGUUCAAAAUAAUAAUGUUGAACUUGUUUUAGAUAAAAAACUUGAUCGAGAGAAACAGAAGGAGAUGAAUUUGCUGCUGACAGCUUUAGAUGGAGGCUCUCCUCAGAGAUCAGGCACUGCAGUCAUACACGUCACUGUACUGGAUGCUAAUGAUAACGCCCCAGUGUUCAGUCAGGGCAUUUAUAAAGCCAGUGUGGCCGAAAACUCACUGCCUGGUACUGUAGUUGUUGUUGUAAGUGCUAGUGAUGCAGACGAAGGAGUAAAUGGAGAGGUGACGUAUGAUAUUGGCCACUUGUCUGAAAAUGAUGUGAAUGUUUUUUCAAUUGAUCCUAAAAUAGGAAAAAUAACUGUAACCGGACAGACUGACUACGAAGAAAAGAGUUCUUUUGCGAUUCCUAUUGAAGCUAAAGACGGAUUGGGACUAACGUCGUAUGCUAAAGUUAUUAUAGAUGUGACUGAUUUAAACGAUAAUGCUCCAGUUAUAUACGUAAAGUCUCUGACUAACCCCAUACCUGAGAACGUGUCACCUGGUACAGAGGUGGGCAUCAUUAAUGUUCAGGACAGAGAUUCUGGUAAAAACGGACAGGUCAGCUGCUCUAUUCACCAGAAAGUUCCCUUUAAAUUAGUUCCUUCUAUUAAAAACUAUUAUUCCCUGGUGACCACAGGACAACUGGACCGUGAACUAGUGUCUGAUUACAACAUUACAAUCAGUGCUACUGACGAGGGCUCUCCUCCUCUGUCCUCCUCUAAAACUGUUCACUUAUCUGUAGCUGACAUCAACGACAACCCACCUGUGUUUGAGGAACAGUCCUACAGCGCAUAUGUGACUGAAAAUAACAAACCUGGCUCCACUUUAUGUUCAGUUACUGCUCGAGACCCUGACUGGAGACAGAACGGUACAGUGAUUUAUUCUCUGUUACCUGGUGAAGUGAACGGUGCCUCAGUCUCCUCCUACCUGUCAGUUAACGGAGACACAGGUGUGAUCCACGCUGUGAGGUCAUUUGACUAUGAACAGUUUAAGAACUUUAAAGUCAACGUCAUGGCCAGAGACAACGGUUCUCCUCCACUGAGCAGCAACGUGACUGUCAGUGUAUUUAUAUCAGAUGUGAAUGACAACUCUCCUCAGAUAUUGUAUCCCUCCUCAGAUAGAAACUCCUUCAUGACUGAGUUAGUUCCUAAAGCUGCACACGGAGGUUCUCUGGUGUCCAAAGUGAUAGCAGUGGACGCAGACUCUGGACAGAACGCCUGGCUGUCCUAUCAAAUAGUUUCAUCUACUGAUCCAGGACUUUUCACUAUUGGUGUCCACAGUGGAGAGAUCAGGACACAGAGGGACAUUUCUGAAUCUGACAGCAUGAAACAGAACCUUGUUGUUGCAGUGAAAGAUAACGGACAGCCCCCUCUCUCUGCCACCUGCUCCAUGUAUUUGAUUAUUUCUGAUAACUUGGCUGAAGUGACGGAACUUAAAGACAUUUCUAAUGACGGAACUAAUUCGAAACUGACUUUUUACCUGAUCAUUGCACUGGUGUCUGUGUCCACCUUCUUCUUGACCUUCAUCAUCAUCGUCCUGGGUGUGAGGUUCUGUCGCAGAAACAAACCCAGACUGUUGUUUGAUGGAGCAGUCGCCAUCCCCAGCGCUUAUCUUCCUCCUAAUUACUCAGAUGUUGACGGCACAGGAACUUUACGCAGCACCUACAAUUAUGACGCCUACCUGACAACAGGUUCUAGAACCAGUGACUUUAAGUUUGUGACAUCAUACAACGACAACACACUGCCAGCUGACCAGACUCUGAGGAAAAGUCCCUCUGACUUUGUUGACCCAUUUGAGGAUUUCGAGGCCUCCGUGGAGGUAGGCUGUUCUUUAAAAUCUUUUUAUGAGGCACGUAAUUAUUUUCUUUUUCUUUGCCCCAUAUUUUUACGCAUUUAAAAAGACUGUGUUGUUGCUGAUGGGAAGUAGUGGCAAGUUGUUAUUUUUACUCUAUAGAAGGAACACGUGUAUAACGACACAAUUUUCAAUUGUCUUUUUUUUUUUUUACACAAGUGAAACGUUUUGGUUUUCGACAUGAAUUUAUUUUUCGUAAUUUUUCUCCAAUUAUAUCUUAUACUUCAUCUUUCUAAUUGGCUGAAAAAUGCACCAAGAACGAAACAGUAUAAUGUUUUUAGUCAAGCUGCAUAUCUAUAUUAAGUAGUAGAAAUUACAUUUUUAUUCACCAGCUACGAUUUAAAUAUAUAACUCAGAAUAUAAGUCGUUGUCAGGUAGACCACGUUUUAGCGU